GCCGCGCGUCUGUGCCGAGUGUCGGCGUCUUUCAGCCCCGCCGUGAUCCUGACACGGCACUGUGUCCCCCAGAUUCAUAAAGGGUCACUUAGUUAACUCACGGUCACAUCUAAAAAGUUGAAAGCUGACAUUUAGCCUUUGAUCGUUUCCUGCAGAUGGAUGUCCAUGGCAGGAUAAGAGAAAUCCUUGCUGAAACCAUACGGGAAGAACUGGCACCUGAUCAACAACAGUUAUCAACCGAAGAUUUGAUCAAAGCCCUUAGACGCCGGGGAAUCAUUGAUGAUGUGAUGAAAGAACUUAAUUUUGUUACUGAUAAUGUUGAUCAAGAACUCCCUUCCUCUCCAAAACAACCUGUUGGCUUUACUGAUAAACAAUCAACGUUGUUAAAAAAAACUAAUAUUGAUCCAACACGGAGGUAUCUUUACCUUCAGGUUUUGGGUGGAAAAGCUUUCUUGGAACAUCUGCAAGAACCUGAGCCUUUACCAGGACAAGCUUGUUCAACCUUUACUUUAUGUUUACAUUUUCGAAACCAACGUUUUCGUUCUAAACCUGUUCCAUGUGCCUGUGAACCAGAUUUUCAUGAUGGUUUUUUACUUGAAGUACACAGAGAAAAUUUAGGUGAUGGAACUAGAAUGGCUGAUUCAACAACAAUGUUAUCAAUAAGUGACCCAGUUCAUAUGGUGCUAAUCAAAACAGACAUAUUUGCCGAGACCACUUUGGUAGCAUCCUAUUUUCUUGAAUGGCGAUCGGUUUUGGGCUCAGAAAAUGGAGUGACCAAUCUUACUGUGGAACUUAUGGGUGUAGGCACAGAAUCAAAAGUUUCUGUGGGAAUUUUAAAUAUAAAACUUGAGAUGUACCCACCACUCAAUCAAACAUUAUCUCAGGAAGUAGUGAACACACAGCUUGCUUUGGAACGUCAGAAAACUGCAGAGAAAGAGCGGUUAUUUCUUGUGUAUGCUAAGCAGUGGUGGAGAGAAUAUUUGCAAAUUCGACCCUCACACAAUUCACGGCUGGUUAAGAUUUUUGCACAGGAUGAAAAUGGGAUAAAUAGACCAGUCUGUUCUUAUGUUAGACCACUUCGAGCUGGGAGGCUUCUGGAUACUCCAAGGCAAGCAGCAAGAUUUGUUAAUGUCCUUGGUUAUGAAAGAGCCCCUGUUAUCGGAGGAGGAGGUAAACAGGAACAGUGGUGCACUCUGCUGGCCUUUCUCUGUAGAAACAAGGGAGACUGUGAAGACCAUGCCAACCUCCUGUGCAGCCUCCUUCUCGGAUAUGGGCUGGAAGCCUUUGUCUGUGUCGGGACAAAGGCCAAGGGAGUGCCCCAUGCGUGGGUUAUGACGUGUGGGACUGAUGGAACCAUCACUUUUUGGGAGAGUUUAACAGGACACAGGUACCUCCACAAACCUACCAAUCCUGAUGAACCUUCAGCUGCUGAACAGCCCAAACCGUUGUACCCGUAUCGAACAAUCGGUUGUGUUUUCAAUCAUCAGAUGUUCCUGGGAAACUGUCAGCCCUCUGACUCAGUAGAAAGCUGUGUGUUUGAUUUGAAUGAUGAGUCCAAAUGGAAACCCAUGAGUGAGGAAGCAAUUAAAUCCGUGUGUGCGCCAGGGGCCACCACGUCGCUCCCUCCCUUCCCUCCGCUGUGUGCAUCCACGAUCGAUGCUUCGGUAACAAGCAAUGAAAUUGAAAUGCAGCUCAGGCUACUCGUGUCGGAACACAGGAAGGAUCUUGGCCUCACUACUGUUUGGGAAGACCAGCUUUCCUAUCUCUUAUCACCAGCUCUGGCAUCUUAUGAAUUUGAGCGUACAACCAGUAUAUCUGCAGGCAAUGAAGAAUUUCAGGAUGCUAUUAGGAGGGCUGUACCUGAUGGUCACACAUUUAAAGGGUUCCCGAUACACUUUGUGUAUAGAAAUGCACGGCGCGCCUUUGCCACAUGCCUUCGGUCUCCUUUCUGUGAAGAAAUAAUCUGUUGCCGUGGAGACCAGGUGCGACUGGCAGUUCGUGUCCGAGUGUUUACUUACCCUGAAUCUGCAUGUGCUGUUUGGAUCAUGUUUGCUUGUAAAUAUCGCUCGGUACUAUAGGACUAACUAACAUUGCUAUAAGAAUAUACCUGUAUUUUAUUGGAAUUUUACACGUCGUAUUGAUACAUUACUAGCUGUUUACAGGUUCAUUAUUUUAAAAAUCACAGUCUGGCUUGGAUGUCAUAUUUCACUUUUGUAUAUACCUAAUAAUGUUUGAAAAAAAUCAUGAUGUGUGUAUUUAAAAAUUAAGGAUAAAAAACUUACAUAAAUCUGAGUGGAAGUUAGUAUAAAUUAAGUGUGUAUCCUAUUUUAAUAAAUGCUACUUUGUUUAUAGGUAGUCAGUAGUUUAAAUAUGAAUAUAAAAUUUACUCAGUUUUCUUUACAUUAACAGGUAAUCAGAAAGUUAUUUGUCUAAGGGUUUGAGCCAUAGUAAAAUUAAUAUGAUUAUUUUUCAUAGAUUAAUGGGAAUAUUUUAUAUAAGUUAGGAGACUUUAACUUCACAACAGAUUUAUUUAUUGCAUAGGUGAAAAUACAUUUUGAUGAAUUUACCACUUUUGUGGUGUUUACCCAUAACCAUAGGGAUAUUUGUGACUUUCCAGAGAGUUAUGGGAAGAUUUGGAUGCAGGAGCAGGGAAAAAACUAGUACCAGAAAAGCAUAAAUAUUAGUAACAAAACAAACUGCACUUGAAAGUACACAAAUAAUUUAUAAAUAUUUGUUAGUUUGAUUCAUUAUAAAAGUGAAUUGGGUA